CUUGGCAGAUGGCAUGGUUCAGGACAGCCUGGGCAGUUUGGUGGUCUCAUCAAGAGAGCCAGGUCUCUGAAGAGGAGGAUUCUUUUUCUGUGAAGACUAAUAGAACCUUUGAGUUUUAGCUGGGAUUGAAGGAACCUCAGAACUUAUUGAAUACAUUUCCCUUUUCAUUCAGAUGAAGAAAAUAAGUCAGAGAAGUUAAAUGACUUUGCCAUAGUAAUAGCUACAGUGACUCUGAUGGGAUGAUAUUGAGAUGGAAUGCCUCUUUCUUCGAGAUUGGUUCUUUGUGCUCUUGCUCCUGCUUCCCUGGUCAGUUUCAGGGAAAUUCACUGUGAUAGGACCACAACAACCAAUCAUUGCCCUGGUGGGAGGAGAGACCAUAUUCCCAUGCUACCUUUCUCCCCAGAUCAAUGCCCAGGACAUGGAUGUGAUGUGGUUUUAUGGAGAAUCUUCACAAGUGGUACAUCGCUAUAAAUAUAGGCAGGAUUAUUUGAAUCAUCAGCACCAAGAUUAUAAAGGGAGGACAGAAUUUCUUCGACAUGACAUUUCCACUGGGAGUGUGGCCUUGAAGAUUUGUCAUAUUCGUCCCUCUGAUGAAGGGAAGUACCGGUGUUACUUUGAAAGUUCUAGUGCUUAUGGGGAAGCAGAAUACCAAGUGUUUGUAGCAGGCGAAGGCUCUGUUCCUCACAUAUACAUUGUGAGUGAUGGAAAUCAAAAUCUUAAGCUGGUAUGCACAUCUACAGGGUGGUACCCAAAGCCUGAGGUUCAAUGGAGAAAAAAUCAGGAAAAGUUAUUGCCACAAGACACUACGAUCAAGAAGAAAGAAAAUGGACUAUUUUCUGUUGAAACAUCAAUCAUGGUUUCCAGGAAUUCCACAGGGAAUGUUUCUUGUUUCAUUUUGAACCCUCUCCUCAGACAAAAGUUGGAAGCAAGUGUUUCUGUGUCAGAUGACUUGUUUCCACAUAAUACUCCUUGGAUAGUGAUAUGGAUUGUGACUGUGGUCCUUUUCAGCACUGUGAUUUUUAUCAUUAUUUUUGUGACCUGGAAGUUAAAAAAAGGCAAAGGUGUGAAUAAAGAAGAACCUGCAGAUGUAGAUAAAGAUGAAUCUGAUUCAGAUGAAAUUUUUUCAGAUGCACUUGAAUAUCAUGAUGACGGGGAUAAAGAUGACUCUGGUGAGUAAUAUCUUCUUCAUUAUUCAAUUAUUCAUACAUCAUGAUACAACAUAC